UCUUCUCUCUUCUCUCCCCUCUUCUCAUUUUAAUCUCAACUUGAAGUAUCCGCGCGUUCAAUUUUUAAUGAUAGUCGUAGCCCCCGCUCAGUUUCUCUCCCCCUGCCUCCUCCUCCUCCUGCUCCCUGCGCCCCUGCUCAGCACCUGUUAGUUUCCCUCUCUUCUCCGCUCUGGAAUCCCCUUUUUCUUUCCUUUUUUUAUGAGGAGUUUCAAUCUCGUUCUUUCACUGAGCCCUAUGACUGUGCGAAAAGGAAACCGUUUAGGCAUCUCCAUCCAGGAGCACAUGGCCAUCAAUGUCUGCCCAGGCCCCAUCCGCCCCAUCCGGCAAAUUUCUGCUUACUUCCCUCGCCUCUCGCCCACUUCCUCCUUUUCUGAGCCACUCUCGCCCAAUCAGCUGACAGCUCCUGCUGCACUCGUUCCAGGCAGUGCAGGUCAAGAUGGAGCGGCCAUCGGAGUGGGAAGAGGAGGAGGAGGAGGAGGAGAGGGAGCAAGCAGUGGCCUGCUGUCUCCGCGGUUACCAGGAGCUGGAGGUGGAGGGGGGUCACUGAGCGCCAUGAGCAGCAUGGACACAUCCAUCGAGAUUGACAGCGGUGACAGUGAUGACAACACUUCCUUGGGGACACUAGAGUUUGACCUACUGUAUGAAAAAGCCACAAGCUCCUUGCACUGCACCGUCCUCAGAGCAAAGGGUCUUAAACCCAUGGAUUUCAACGGCUUGGCUGAUCCCUAUGUCAAGCUGCACCUUCUGCCGGGAGCCUGCAAGGCCAAUAAAUUGAAAACCAAGACUGUUCGUAACACACUGAAUCCUGUGUGGCAUGAGACGCUCACCUACUAUGGGAUCACCGUGGAAGACAUGUACCGCAAAACUCUCAGGGUGUCAGUCUGUGACGAAGACAAACUGACACAUAAUGAGUUCAUCGGGGAGUCGCGGGUGGCCCUGCGCCGUGUGAAGCCUGACCAGACCAAACACUUCAACAUCUGUCUGGAGCACCCACCUCCGCUGCCUUCACCAACUGCGAUGAACACCGCCCUGAGAGGAAUCUCCUGCUACCUGAGAGAGUGGGAGACUGAGCAGCACAGAAGUCUGGAGGAGAGAGGCCGCCUGCUGCUCUGCCUCCAGUACCUCCCCCCAAACAGCGACGGCGACGUGAAGGGCGAGGCCAAGGAGAGAGCUCGUGGGGGGCUGUGUGUGGGCGUCAAGCGCUGCGCCCACCUGGCAGCCAUGGAUGUCAAUGGUUUCUCUGACCCCUAUGUGAAAACGUACCUGAAGCCAGAUGUUCAGAAGAAAUCCAAGCAUAAAACAGCGGUGAUAAAAAAGACUCUCAACCCAGAAUUUAAUGAGGAGUUCUUCUAUGAAAUCUCCUUCUCAGAGUUGGCCACCAAGACGCUGGAGGUCACGGUGUGGGACUACGACCUGGGAAAGUCCAAUGACUUCAUAGGGGGGGUGUCCUUAGGAUGUCACUCACAAGGAGAAACUCUGCAGCACUGGAUAGACUGUCUGAAGAACAAGGGGACGAAGGUGGAGCGUUGGCACACUCUGACCAACGAGCUGCCCGGAUCUACGCUGCAGGAAUGAGCCGAGCCUCGUCCUCGGUGAUGAAGCUGGAGGGACUGCCAGAAGACUCGAGAUGGGACACGUUUCAUCGCAUGCACUGAACAUUUGCUGCACGACUAUGAUGGAUUCAUGUUACUUUGUCUCAUUAAUUGGCAUCAUGAUUCAUAGCAACAUACUCAAAGGGCACGCGCUGAUCAGUGCUGUAAUCUCGGAUGGAGAUAAUUCAAAUCUAUUUUAAAUGAAGUGAGAGAAUCUGAUAUUAAAUAUUCAUAGGCCUCCGUUUCCGUCAUGGGAGUUUAAUGUCAGAAAUGAUACGCCCCCGCGCUCCUUCAAACUUGACAGAUCUUAUUUAACAAACUGAAAUCUUAGACGAAGGAGAAAGUUCAAUUAUUGUGCAGUUUGACUUCCACGUCACCCUUCAUGUCAGAAGCCCCUGCUUUUAUGAAAUGUAGUCAGUUACAUCCACGAACAGCUGACAUGAAAACUCCACAGUAAUGACCAUCAGCACACAUACCUCUCCCUUGCAAUAAUGUUUUCCCUGAUGCUUCCGGAGAUUUCCAAGGGGUCUUAACACCAUCUGAUGUUUUGCAUCCAUUGAUCUGACUGUCGUUGGAUUGCCUGCAGACAGCCAAGCCUGAUAAGAUAAUUGGCUCUUUCAUGUUGGUGGUUUUGUGCAAGUUGUUUGCAUGUUUAGUGUUGAUGGAGCAGGACGAGCCGCUCAUCACCGUGUUCUCGUUUCUCUAGAGCUGCGUCGCUCCGAUUAACCCAAGAAAAGUUUAUUCUACUGGACAGUUUUUACGUUGUUCACAGAUGUUUGAUGUGUCCACUCUGAUAAAACUGUAUCAGUUGCUCGUUGAUAUGUUGAUGUUGACCUAAUUUUGUUCCACAAUGACCAAUUAGUAAAGAAGAGGACAGUGAUGUAAUUAACAGAGAAGUUUUACAGCUGUUGUGUUUUGUGGAGAGGUGUAGUCUGAUGCAGUAAAUUAUACCUUCGGGUUUUGUUCAUCACAAAUGAAUGUGUUGCGAGAAUAGUGUUGUCUGGUAAUUCUCGGUGUCUGCUGCUGCUUUGCUGUGGACUGCAUUAACCAAGCUGCAGGAUUUAUCCGUGGGUGGUCUCGUGGUGAACUGGGCAUGUUGACAAUAGGCUACCAAUCGUGUUCAUAUGUAAAUAUAUAUAGUGAUUCACUUGUUACAAAUAGUUUGACGAGUGUGCAUGAUCGUUUGUUUGUAUGGGUUUUGUAUUUGUUUUUGUUUUCAUAAAACAUUCAUAUUGAGUUAUGUUGUAUGCUCUCAAAAUUUCUAUUAAUGAUUGCAACUUGGUUCCAAAGUUGCCUCUGCGAAUCACUGAUGUUUAUGCACAGCCCAGUGACGACUCAAUAAAGAC